UUUUUUUUUUUUUUUUUUAGGAACACGCUUUCUGUUUGGUCAUAGUACAAAAUGAUUGACUUAGAUGUGGGUGUGUCUCACACGUACUAGGUAUUUUUAGGUUUUUAAUUCAGUACACAUUAGUUCUGAGGAUGUCUAUUGAUUUAUAGACGAAAGCGCUUGACAUUGUGCUGUAUGUGUUUUUUGGGAUUUCAAUAUUAAAGUUGGUUUGCAGUCUACGGGCAGACUUCUGGUUUUAUUUGUUUAUUACUACACACAAGCUUAAAAGUAUGCAUGCUGUGAAUGAUUGUGUUAUAUUUGUGUGAAGCAAAUUAGAUACUUUGCUUACUCAGUAUUGAACCGUGCCAGUCAUACUGGAAAUCGAGUUUGAGCACACAUUAUCAGUAAUGGCUAAUUUCUUUUAUUAAGGAUUAUAAGACCUUCAGCUUGAAUGUCCUAGGGUAAAGGCCAGGUGCUAGAACACGAGACACAUGUAGUCCAACAAGGGCACAUCAAAAUUCAGCUCCAUGUGUCUGUGGAGCACACCUGCACUUUCAGGAAGAAAGUGAGUGACUAGAGCCACAAAACCUGUUUGGUUGCUCCCAGUCUUUCUUCCUGCCCAUCCAGAUGGGACAGAUCAAUGCUUGAUUGCGGUUAAACUUUGAAUGCCCCGAAAGACCAUAUUUAGCUCGGUAAGCAAACUAGAAAAAUUGAGUAGCUCUUAGUACUCAGAAAUUAGUACUUGCUUUAAGUAAGUGGUUCAUCUUGUGUGUUACACUUUGAUUUAGUAGCAACCAAUGUUUGAUGACACUGUAGUCUUUGUUUUCAGAGGAGCCUGAACGAUUGCUGAAUUGAACAAAAGAACUGCAUGGGAGCACGAUGGAGGAAAAUUAUGAAGAUUCAAGCUCAAGUGAUAAGAAACAAGAAGAAUGCUCAUUGUCACAGUCCACCAGUGAUGGAGAAGUCAGUGUAUGUGUAGUUAAAGAUGAAGAGAAUGAAGAUCAGAAAAACUGCCUGUAUGUGAACAACAUUUGUGCACCUGCUGAACAAGAUAAAGAUCUCCAGUCACCAUUUUCAACUCUUCUUCAAAGCCACAUAGAACAAACUCAGCUUAAUUACAUGCAAAAUAUUCUGGUAAACAAUAAGUAUCACUUACAGGAUAAAGCCUUUACAUGUACUUAUUGUGGGAAGACAUUUAGGCGAUUACAGAAUCUCACAGAUCAUGAAAAAAUUCAUACAAUGGAAAAAGAUUGUGAUCCUUCAGAAAAUGCAGUCAUGCCUCGUGUUAUAUGCACUGGAUGUGGGAAAGCUUUUAAAACUGCACGAUACCUUGCAAGACACCAACGACUUCAUACAGGUGAAAAACUUUUCAAAUGCACUGAAUGUGGGAAAUGUUUCACCCUCAGGUCAAGUCUUACUAAACACGUGCGGAUACACACUGGUGAAAAGCCAUUUCAGUGUACAGACUGCGAAAGGAGUUUUGCACUUAGGUCAACACUGAAGAAACACCAACGUAUUCACACAGGGGAGAAGCCUUUCGUUUGCACAGAUUGUGGAAAGAGUUUUAGACAGAUGAGCAAUCUCAGAACACACAGUCGAACACACACAGGUGAAGCACCGUACCAGUGUACUGAAUGUGGGAAGUGUUUCACAGAUAAAUUUCAUCUUACUAAACACAGGUGGACUCACACGGGAGAGAAACCAUACAACUGUACAGACUGUGGGAAGAGUUUUAGACAACUGAGCCAUCUCACAUCACACCGGCGGAUUCAUGUUGCUGAACGGCCAUAUGAAUGCCCUCAGUGUGGGAAGUGUUUCACAGACAAAUCCACUCUUACCAGGCACCAACGUGUUCACACACAAGAUAAACCCUUUAUGUGUACAGAUUGUGGGAAAACUUUCAGAAGACUGGACAACUUGACAGUUCAUCAGCGUGUUCACAGACGAGAAGGUGAAUUAGACCAAUUGUGGGAUGCAUCACAGUCUAUAGUCAAAGCAGAGGCAUACGAGAAUGAGAUGUUUGAUGUGACCUUCUGAGUGACAGCAGAGUUCAAGAUGUAAGGGUAGCUAUUCAUAACUUUGUGGUGAACCAAAAACUUCAUGUUUGAAGGAAUGAAAAAAGGGUAAAGGUGUCCUCUCAGACUUCCUGUAACUGAGAGCGCCAUGAAUUAGUCCUUGCUUCAGAAAGUAUUAUGUAAAGGUGUCUCAUACUGAUCUCAGUAGUAGUUGAGACAGCAAAAACUUGCAUGGUAGAGUGAGGAAGCCGGGAAGGGCAUUGUUUAGAAAACAUAAUUCUAGAUUUCUCCGUGAAAAGGAGGGUUAAAAGUGAACCUUAGAAGAAUGGCCAUUUUAAGUAAUUUUCUAUUAGUCAUACAUGAAUAAAACAAUAGAAGAUCUGCUUAAGGGAAGAUUUUUUUCUAGUCCGCCCAAAUGAGACAACAGUGUAGAAGGGCUGUUAAAACACUUUCUUGUUGUCUUUUUUAAUAAUCGAGUAAGCAAAGAAUGGCAUUUUACGGAAAGAAGAAAGUAUUUUAAAUUACUGAGUAAGCACUCAGAGAGGGGAAGCUUAGUGUUAAAAAAAAAAAAAACUUAGUACCAUCCAUGAGUGAGACAGCAGAAAUGAAUUAUCUUUUUGACCCUAUGGCAGGAGGACAGACUUGGUUAGCAAUCCUCAAGAGCAGUUUCUAAGAUGCAGGCGUUGGUGAUUCAUAUAGGUGACACUUCCAAUUGCAUAGAUAUACAGACUGUAAGCCGUAUUGCUAUUCCUUUUAGUACACCCUUCAGUAGUGGUGAGUGUGGGUUAGACAUCUUUAUUGUCAUGUUUGCUCUUUAAAUAAAGUCCAGUGAUCUAUUCCACACAUAUUUAUUGUGGGACAUCCUGAUGGGAUACAUGGAAGGGACAGCCAUUUGAGCCUUAGCGCAGAAUUUUGUUCAUGGUACCCCAGGAUUGUCUUCUGUUGUGCCAUACUUGCAUCCUAGAAGUCACAGCGAUCUUGUAAUUGAAUAAUAUAAGGCGACCAGCAAUCCCAUCUCCGAGGUAUGAAUGGCAUAAAGUUUCUGCAGAUUAAAAGUGUAGCUUGGGAUCAUAUAUUAGCACAGAACACAAGGUGAUCUUUUUGUACAUGUUGUGUGGAUGAAUAUCUUGCACUUGCUGUUUAAUACAGUACUGUAAAUUAUAUUUAAGCAAAGUUUGACCUCAUCCCCCUUGUUAUGGAUGACUAAGGCACUAAGCACUUGACCUGAUGCCAUGUCAUUGCAUGACAUGGCAUCUUGUAGACAACUCUUCUUUCCUCAGUUAGGAAAGGCAUACUGUUGUGGUUAUUUGACUGCUGCUUGUUCUGCCAAUACUUACCUGUGCAAAGGAGAAGGGUGACUGCACUGUAAAAUGUUAAUAAUAUUUAUAUAAAUGCACAUUCCACUGCUACUGUGGCUGAAGUUAAUGGGGAUUAAAAAUAAAUGUAUGGUAGUGUUUACUUAAUUGCUCUUCUUAUAGGUUUACUUAAUUAUUAUUCAAAAUAGUUUGUAUUUGUGUGCCUGUGCAUUCCUUGUAUUUUUAUGUCAUAGUAUAAUUUAAACCUUUGACCAUAAGCCUUGAUGAUAUAUGCCUUUUAGAAACUUUACCUACAUUGUGGAUGUUAGAGUUCACAAAAGGAAGCAAGCUGGAUGUACUUGCAGAAAAUAAAUACAACGAGAGAGGUA